GGACGCUCCUUCACAAACAGUGUAUAACACGGUCUCUGUGACAAGGAGAAACAUGGGUGACUAUCCAUUUUCUAUAAUUGUUAAAUACAGCAAUGCACUGAACCAACAACAAGAAAAAGAGCAGAAACGCUAUUUUACUAUGAAAAGAAAAUCCGGUGGAGGAGAUUGUAACAUAAUCCAGCUGAACCCCAUCCAGUACAGAGUGAGCUACAAGACGAGGGAAGUGAUGGAGAGAGUCCUAAAUUAUGCAGAUCACAAGAAAGACUUUUGUGGGGAAUUGAUCGAUUUCACAAUGGAAGCAGACGAAAAUCAGGAAAAGACAAACUUGCCAUCACUAUCUACAGAAGAGCAGUCUAACAUUCUACAAGAUGGGGAUGGUUUUGCAGCUGCCAGCAUACCUGAAGAUUCUUCAGAAAACUUACCACUAGAGCAGAGUACUAUUAUUCCUCUAGACAGCAAUUUUCAGUAUGAAGUCAUAAGAAACAGAAUUUCAAAUGAAAUUUGCACAUCUUUUUCAUCCUUAAAAAUUCAUUGUGAAAACAAGAUGUUAAAGUUAACUGGGCAUGGUGAUUUAAUGCAGGCACGUCUUCAAAUCAAAAAUAUGAUUGCCACAGUCAGAGAACGUAAAGUUGAUGUCUCCCCAGCCAUAGCAGGUUUUCUUCUCUCUUCGGAUAGUGCAGAAAUAUCCAAAAAUAUAUUUGAAGGCCUUGUUUUUCUAGAUAUUUUAAGGGGUUUAUGUAUAUAUGCACCUUCUGAUACUCUACUUGACCAAGCUGAAACUACUUUACAACAAAGUCUUAAAGUGGAAAAUAUUCAUAUUGCAUCAGAAGAAAGGAAUGCCAUCUCACAGGAAUCCUGGAAACAUUUAUUGGACACCUUAAAUAGUUCUGGAGAUAUUCAGGUUGGUCUCCAGGAGGAUAGUGAUAGCAAAGGUCUCACCUUAUCUUUAGUGGGUUUGGCUAAGGCAGUAGAGGAAGCAAGCAAGACAUGUAAGCACUAUUUAUGGCAGAAAGCCUCUAUCAAAGAGGAAGUUGAUCUAGAACAUCGUAUAGUUGUAGAAAAUAUAGAGAAUUUGCUAACAAGCUUUGAAGGUGGCCAAUUGUCAGUUACCAUUCAGGUUUCAGAGCCACCAGGACAGACUGUGACUUUGAUUGGUCAACAAGAUGAAGUGCUCAAAUGUAAAGCUACUCUUCAAGAAUUUAUUCAGAAGAUACAUGUAAAUAAUCUAUGUAUUACCAAACACGGAGCAGCACAUUUUUUUAAAAAACAAGGAAAGCAAAUACUAAAUACAUUUCAGGACACUUUCAAUUGCCGCAUCUUUGUUUGUGACUCUGAAAAUGGGGAUCGGAGAGGAGAGGGUGCUGGCAAUGAUCAGAAUGCACUUGGAGGUACAGAAGAUGUAAAUCAAAGUAAAGAAGUAAAAGUGACAAGAGAUGCAUCUCGUGAUGAGGGAACACCACAAGCAGAAAAAUAUGGGGCAGCCAAAACACAGACGAAAACAAAAGAAAAUAAACCUUCAGUGGUCCAGCUUGUAUUGAGUCGUGGAAAACUCGAGAACAAAAAGGCUGAUGUAAUGGCUGCUCCUUUAGUAUCUAAUAAUCCGGUUCUCGAAGCUUUGAAUGUUACUAAAAAUCUGAAACAGAAGGGAGGUGAUCGGUUCAAAAAUCUAUUUACGAAUGCUCUUAAUAAUCGUGCAACUCUUGAACCUGGAAGCAUUUUUCAACUACCAAUUCCUGGAAGCAACUACCCGCUAAACUGUGAAAUUGUAAUCUUCAUCGUUUGCAUCCCAUGGGAUGGGCCAAGUGGAUCAUCAUCAAUUGCAGCUUUGAAGAAAGGGAUAAAGAACAUGCUUGAGAUUUGUAACUCAAAGAAUUGGAGUUCACUUACAAUGUCAGUUAUAGGACCUGGGAUGAAACUGAAAGUUCCCGAAGAAACAGCAGCAAAACUGAUCGGAGAAGAAAUAAAAUUGUUUGUGGAAGGUGCACAAAAUUGUAGUUUACAGAAGAUUGAGAUUGUAAUUCCCCGGGAAUAUCAGGUUCCCUAUAUUAUCUACAGAGAGACUCUAUUGCACAUGGAUUUGGGAGACCGACUGAUUUUGUGCGAUGAAAAUGGAGGUUCCUUUAACAAGAUAUCUUCUGGUCAGUGGCAUCGAGAGAAAGCAGGGAAUAUGUCAAUAGAUGUAAUAUACAAUGAUAUUACAAAUGAAAGAACUGAUGCUAUUGUGAACUCCACCAACUUCAGACAUUGGAGCAAAGAAUCUGUGGCUCAUGCUAUAUUUACAGCAGCAGGACAAAGUAUUGUUCAAGAAGCUAAAGAUGGCGCUACAAGAACAGAAAUUGUUAUGACAGGACCUGGAGCUCUACCCUGCAAGUGGAUUCUACACUGUAAUUGUAAAAACAAUGUCGGGAACAUUCCUAUACUUGUAACAGAUAUCUUACUUCGGUGUGAAAAUACGGGUCUAAAAUCUGUUGCCUUUCCUGCCAUUGGCACAGGUGAAUGUGGAUUUAAUCCACUUGAAGUGGCAAACCAUUUUGUGAAUGCAAUAGCCUUAUUUGCCAGGACUAGAAACACAAAUUCUUUGACUUGUGUUCAUCUGGUUACAAGUCGCCCACACAUCUACCACAUAUUCCACGAACAGUUGAGGAAACACUGCAGAUUUGCGUCAGGAGACUCUUGGAAGCCAGUAGAUCUGCUGAGUUCUCGAUUAAAACAAUUGUCACUUCCUGGAUGCGAUGCUAUACAAGAUAUAACAGUUUUUCUGCAUCCUUUUCCUGUACCUCCUGCAGCCGUGUUGGUUAUUGUGACAGAUAAGCUGGACAAUGUUAAUGAAAUAAAACAGCGUCUUAAAGAAGAAUUUGAUAAACAAUACAAGGAGGAGAAAAUUGAACAAGCGCUUCUGAAAACAUUUUCCCUGAAAGAGAUUCAGGAAGUCUUCUCAGUGGUGAAUGGAAAACCUGAAGUAAAUCUGACAUUAGACAAACUACAAAACUGCAUUUUCCUAAAUGGCUGUGAAAAGGAUAUUCUUGAAGUGGCAUUGAAAGUACAAAGCAAGCUUACCACCAUUAUAAGUGAAAGGCUUCAAAAAGUGACAACGGAACAAUCUGGGUUUCUGGUCCAGUGGGGCUAUUCAGAUGACGAGGAUUCCUACCCAUUUAGUCUUGAAGCUAACCAGUUACUAGAAAACAGAUACCAGACUGCAAAGACAGGAGUUGUAACAGUGACACUUGAAAAUGGCAAACAAGCAAAGGUCAAUCUGGAAAAAAUGUCAGCAACACUUGAGGUGGAUAGCACAGAAGUCAAAGUUAUUCGACAAGACUUAACAAAUGAAACAAAUCUGCCUGAGAAUUGGGAUGAUAUGAAUGGACAGAUGCUUAAGAGAGUGCAAUUGGCUCAAAACUCUGAGGAAUAUAACAAGGUUAACGACCUUUACAGCAGAACUGUCCAAACACCUAUUGUGAAGAUUGAAAGGAUACAGAAUGCGUAUCAACACAUAGCUUACGAAAUGAGGAAAGAAUUCAUGAUCAUGAAGAAUGGAUCUGAUGGUGUUAAUGAGCGUUAUCUAUUCCAUGGCACUGAACCACAGAACUGUCAGUCCAUCAACUAUAGUGGUUUUAACAGGAGUUUUGCGGGUCAGCAUGCUGCUUGCUAUGGAAAUGGUGUAUAUUUUGCUGUGGAUGCUAGUUAUUCAGCUCACCAGCAAUACUCUCCUCCAGAUCCAAACACUGGAGAGAGAUUUAUGUAUCUAACAAAAGUGCUAGUUGGUAAUCAUACAAAAGGGCAAAGUGGUAUGAGGACCGCACCACGCCGUCAAGCAAAUUAUAUUUUUGAUGUCUACGACAGCUUAACAGAUGACCAAAACAAACCAGCCAUGUUUGUUGUGUUUCAUGAUGACCAAGCAUAUCCUGAGUACCUCAUUACCUUUAAAUAAACAUGUUUAAGUAGACCUUUAAAACAAAAAGAUAGGUUCCUGCCACUAUAGCAUUAAAAGGUUGCCAUAUCAUCUGACCUCUUGUUUCUUUAGGUUUCUCUAAAGGUAGACAAUUUACAAUGGUACACUUUUAUACUUUUCACUUUUUUCUAAGCUCUAACCCCUAUAUUCAACAAUAUUUCAGUAGGCCUUGGAGUGGGGACCAAAUCAAUAGGGACAAUGUCGAAGGAA